CACAGAGGCCGACGACUUUGCAAAUGCGGUGCUGACAUUUGACGGACCCACUUUUGACCGCAGUACCCACUGAACUCCUGUACCACGCACUGCGGACUCUGGCGCCAAGAUGCCGCAUCACCACUACAACAUCAGGCGGUCUUUGUCAUCUCGUUGGAGAACAGUGGCUUUGUAAUGGUAUUACACGGUAAAUUCACUUAGGCGUCAUGUCCACAAAUCAGCCUCGCCGUUAUAUCACGCGUAGCAUGCCUCGAGCAUAUAUAUCAUGACAUCUCCUUUGACCAACAUGUGUUAAACUCACCACAAGAGAAAAGAACAUUACCAGCAAAGCAACUUGACGCUUCAACAAUCAAUAUCGUACUUGGAUAUACCAUCCAUACAACAGAUCCCGUCACCUAUACUCAGCAUGUCCAAGAUCGUCACCGUCAUCGGAGCCACUGGUAUCCAGGGUGGCUCAGUCAUCAGAGCGAUUCUCAAGGACCCCAGUUAUACCAUCCGAGCUCUCACCCGCAACGUGGAAAGCUCUGCCGCUCUAGCCCUGAGAGCUCUUGGUGUCGAGGUUGUUCAAGGUGACAUCAAUGACAUCAACUCCCUCCGAGUAGCCUUUGACGGCAGCUACGCCAUCUUCGCCGUAACCAACUUCUUCGAGAACAUCCCCACACUGAGCAUAAAAGAAGCCACAGAGAAAGAGACACGCCUGGGCAUCAACCUAGCAGAAGCAGCCGCCUCGACAGAAUCUCUAGUCCACUACAUAUGGUCGACUUUACCCAACUCACGCAAGAAUACCAGCGGUACCAUCGUAGUCCCCUUCUUCGAGAGCAAAAACACCGUCGACAAAUACAUCAAGACGAAGCAACCGGAGCUGCUGGCCAAAACUACGUUUCUCCGCUUAGGCUGGUACGCAAGUAACAUGUCAUACCCGUGGUUCAAGCCCAGCGAAAUACACACUGCAGACGGCAGUAAAGUCCAUCUUCAGGUCAUCAGCAUGUCACCCUCAGUCACUAUACCGCUACUCGGUUGCGAAAAGGUGAACAUAGGCCUUUUCGCAAAAGCUAUCCUCGACCACCCAGAGAAGACGCUGCCGGCCAGGACUGUGGCAGGUUUUGCUGAGAAGAUGUCGUGGAAGCAGAUGGUGCAUUGUUAUGUAAAGGCGCACGGCAUCGAGGUCAGAUGCGCACGCAUCUCCAAAGAAGAUUACCGAGCACUUUGGCCCGUGUGGGGCGAGUUGAUGGAUGCGGCGAAUGAUUACUACGAGUUCAUGGGGCCUGGGGGCAUGCUGGGUCGCGACGAAGAGGAAAAUGUACUGGGGAGCGAAGAGCUCGGUGUGCAAGGGCUGGUGGGAGUUGCUGAUGCAUUUGCUAGGAUGAAGAGUCUCAAUUGAUGUUUGUGUAUAUUCACGAAGGGGUGGUGGAUGUACUGGUAGCGAAAAUGG